AUGCUGUAUCACAAUGAUUUAAAUCUAGCUUUCUAGUUAUGCAGUUGUGUGUUUUCCUCCCCCUGCAGGUAUCCUCUGACAAACUACACGUUUGGCACAAAGGAGCCCCUGUAUGAGAAGGACAGUUCGGUGGCAGCUCGGUUUCAGCGCAUGAGGGAAGAGUUUGACAAGAUCGGCAUGAGGCGGACAGUGGAAGGGGUUCUCAUUGUACAUGAGCACAGGCUGCCCCACGUGCUGCUGCUGCAGCUGGGCACAACAUUUUUCAAGCUACCUGGUGGUGAGCUCAACCCAGGAGAAGAUGAGGUAGAAGGCCUCAAACGCUUAAUGACAGAG